GCCCCUGGCAGCGCUGGCUCUUGCUCUCGGAGGAACUUGCGGUCUGGGAUUCAAGCCCGGACACGACCCGUGGGCGGUCGAGGAGAGCGGCUGUGGUGGUGAAACUGCACCCGAGCUUGGCUUGGAACAGGCUCUGCUGGCACUUGGGAUGGUGGGGACACGGCUCUGGACUUCUUGCCAGGCAGGAGAACUGGAGCAGGCCUUAGGUCCCCAGGACGGAGGGGAGCCCCUGGGCAUGGAGGUGCCAGGGAAUAGAGGCAGCAGGGGCUGCAGACCUCUGGGCAGGUGGUGCCAAACCCACCGCUGGUGUGUCCUGGCUGUGCUCGUGGCUCUGGCGGUGGCUGUUGCUGUCCCCUCGGCAGGAGGACGCGGGGGGAGCGUGGCUCCGGUGCUGGGCUGUGCUGAGGACUGGGUCGGGUACCGCAACGUCUGCUACUACCGCUCGGAGCUGGCGGGGGCGGAGGGGAGCUGGGGCUGGAGCUGGGAGCAGUGCUCCUUGCGCGGGGCCUCGCUGGCCAUGCCCAAGACGGAGGGGGAAAUGGAGUUUCUGCAGCUCCUCAGUGCCCGCGUUGAUCACUGGCUGGGGCUGCUGAGACGGGGCGAGCGCCUGCAGUGGCUGGACGGCAGCAACUGCACCCUGAGGACCAGGGUGGUGGGUGCAGAGCGGUGUCUGUUCCUGACUGACAGGGAGCUCAGGGGCUCCAGCUGCUCCCAGGCCCGGCCUUACCUCUGCAGCAAGCCCCGUGCUCUGCUGGAUGCUGCUUGACAGGACAGGACGGAUGGAGGAAGGACCUUCCCCGUGCCCAGGGCUCCCAGCUGUGUCGGGGGGUGUAAGGGUCCUGCUGCUUACCACAAAAAAGAUGUGUGUCCCAUCAAACCAUUUUGACAUAUAAGGAGGACUAAAUGGACACCACCCCAACAUGGUGCCUCUGGCACCUGGAACCACCAAGACCCAAGACACUGGCUCCUUGCUGAAGGGAUCUAUCCCCCCAGCCUGGGGCUGGUCUGUCCUGCCCCAGGACUCAAGCCAGGCUGGGCCAGGGUUGGUGUGCAGAUGGGAUAAUGCAUCGGGCACCUGGAACUCACCCUGACCUCGAGAAGUCACCAGGCAGCCCGGGGGGGCUUCUGCCUCUGUGAGAGAGGAGACAGGAACUGCCAGUAGCUCUGGGCACCCUGGUGUGCUGCAGCCUGCCAGGCCUUUGUGGGAUCCCAGGGGCAGCAGAAAGGCUGAAAUCCUACUGCUCUUUGAAGAGCAAAGAGCUGAGAGCCCUGCCUGAAGCCGAGGGCAGUGCCAAGCCCAGCGGGACCGCCGCCCCAAGGAGCCUGUUUGCUGCCACGUGCUGCUGCUGCUCGCACCUUGCAUACCUGUUGUGUGAAGCAUUUGUCACACCAACAGGCCCAAACGGAUCCCUCAGGAAACAAACACUACAUUUCUAACACCUGUCCCCCUCCAGCCUCGAAGCCCUCACCUCUGCUGCUUUCACAACCCCAUCCGCGGAUCCUCCCUGCUUUUCUCUCUCUCUCCAGAACUCCCUCCCCAGGCACAGGCACACCCCAGUGGGGGCAACUGCGACCCAUCCUGAAUUGCCUCCCUUUGCCAUAACAACCCUCACCUGAUCGGUGGCUGGUACUGCAGUUCUAUCUUUGUACACCUGUUUUGGUUAUAAAUUGUUAUAGGUGAAUCAUGAAAUUAAUCUGCUGCUCAAAUGUGAAUGUUUGUAAUUGAGGGUUAAGCUCGUAGCCUUCACUGGGAGCCGGAUAGAGACUGUGACCAACUAACUGAAGCAGAGAGUGCUUCGUUUUUGAAGCUGCCAAGGAAGCUGUCUCAAGAUUUGAUAAGCAAAUUAAAGAGUAUAAAAAGAAAAAGGGGGGAGUUUGUUAUAGGUGAAUGAUGAAAUUAAUUUGCUGCUCGAAUGUGAAUGUAUGUAACUGAGGGUUAAGCUGCCACGUUUGUUAAACGUUUGUAGUUAUGUUCUGUUCUAUAAUGGUUCAUGUUGGAAGUUAUACCUUGUUAUGUGAUGCUAAGUGCUGAUGGCCAUAUCAGGUAGAUAGAACUAUGGGUUGUAUCACCUUGGUGUAUAGAAACAGGGGUUGGGUGACGUUUUGAUUGACCCUGCGAGUCCCGGAGAGCAGCGGCAGCAACGCAGGGGACGGAAUUUUCCGAGA